UGGCCUUACUUCUUCUUCUCUCUCUCAUUCUUUAUUUAGUGAAGGGAGUCUUCUUCUUCUCACAUCUCUCUCUUUCCAAGACAAACUCUUCCUAGUUCCAUAUCUCUCUCUGCCUCUACUCUUGCUUUAGCUCAACUAUCCUGAAAAAAGCCCACAGAGAGAGAUUAGUAAAAGAGGACCCGGUUUUGUCAUUCAUGGAUUCCAUCGAUUUUGUUGUGACACAGUUUCUUUUUGGAUCAGCUUUGGAUUGUAAUGUGGAGGGCUAGGCUAAUAUAGUAUCGUCACUCGAGAGCCAUGGAUGAUUCUUACGAAGGUUUUGUUCUUGAUCCUUCACAGUGUAGCACGCUGAAUAUGGAUGAAAAGAGAGAAAUUAUUUAUGGAAUAUCAAAGUUGCAUGGUGCCUCAGAAAUGUUAAAAUCAUGGAGUCGAAGAGAACUUUUAGAGAUCCUGUGUGCAGAGAUGGGAAGGGAAAGAAAAUAUACCGGAGUGACAAAGGGUAGAAUGAUCGAACAUCUAUUGAAAAUCGUGUCAGAGAAGAAAUCAACAAAACGAACAGAAUGCUCAGAACACGAUUCACAACCUACACAGACGACAAACCAGAACCCCACCAAGAGGCAGAGGAAGACGGAUAACCCCUCGCGUCUUCCUUUAGUGACUAAUACUUUUGCUGUUGACAAUGGCAAUUCUCAAGCUAAUGUUAAAUUCUGUCCAAAUUCAGCUUGCAGAGCUAUGCUACAUCAAGAGGAUGCCUUCUGUAAGAGGUGUUCUUGUUGCAUUUGUUACCAGUAUGAUGAUAACAAGGAUCCUAGUCUCUGGUUGGUUUGCAAUUCUGAACCACCAUAUCAUGAUGACUCCUGCAGCUUGUCAUGCCAUCUUGAAUGUGCCUUUAAGCAUGAAAGAGUUGGCAUUGCUACUAUGGACGGGGAACAUGAAAAGCUUGAUGGCGAGUUUUAUUGCGUAUUUUGCGGAAAACUCAACGAUUUGCUUGGAUGCUGGAGGAAACAAUUAAUGGCUGCGAAAGAUACUAGACGAGUUGACACAUUAUGUUAUCGGCUGUCUCUCAGUCAAAAGCUUCUUCAUGGAACUAAAAAAUACCAAAAGCUUCAUGAGAUUGUCUGUACAGCUGCAGAGAAGCUUGAAGCCGAAGUAGGCCCCUUAGCUGGAUUACCCAUUAAGAUGGCAAGAGGAAUUGUCAAUCGGCUCUCUUCUGGUCCUGAGGUUCAGAAAAUGUGUGCUGCUGCUGUGGAGUUGCUGGAUUCUGGGCUUUUACAUUGUUCCUUGAGUCCAGUACUUGCUCAUAAGCUUCCAGUGUUUGCAGAGUGCAGAUUUAAAUCUUCAAGGGUUAUCAGAUUUGAAAACGUAUCGUCAACAUCUCUUAUUGUCGUAUUCGGUGCCGAAGAUGCAUCAUCAGAAGAGCUUUUAAAGUUUAACUUGUGGCACCGAAAGGCAGAUUCAAUUAACUAUCCAGCUGAGCCCACAUGCACCUUGGUCAAAGCGAAGACGAGGUUUUCGGUGCUGGAUCUUUCUCCAGCUACCGAGUAUAUGUUUAAACUUGUUUCCUUCUUUAAUAAUAAAGAGUUGGGGACAUCGGAAAUCAGGGUUCUCACCACUAAUGGCGAAGGAAGCACUCCAAAGGUCCCGGUUGAAGAAAGAGGUCAAAGCCCAACAACUAACAGUAGCAUCCUGUCGAAUCCGUCUUCAGAGGGCGAUGAAUCUAACAAUGUUACUCUGUACAGAGAUCAAAUCGAAAAUCCAACCGGCAACUACAUCGAUUUUAGCAUGAAAACUGAAAUGAACAAUUCUGGUAAACUUUCUGAGAUUGCCAACAAAGAUACUGAUGAUUCUCAGAACACAAGUACGGGCACAGAGAAGGAAACAACAGCUGGAGAUUCUGCUUCUGUGUUGGAUGAAGGAGCAUCAGGUGAAAACGUUUCCGUACGAAAUGCAGAAAUGGUCGACUCUCAGAGGGAUUCGAGAAUUUCAUCUUCCGCAAAUGAGGUAUCUGAUGUCCUAAUACCUGAAAGCCAACAGCUUGAAGUUGAGUUGGUUGACAAGAUUAUUACAGAUAACGGAUCAAGCUCCCUUGUCACAAAAUCCUUGGAGGUUGUACCAUUUGAGGGUCGUGGGUCUGAUGCUGUCCUACCCAUCACUCCAUUGAAACUAGAAAUCGUCAAGGAAGGACCGGGAAGAAAUUCAAGACCAAAACCCACUAAUGAGGGGCUUGAAAACAGGGCAGGAGUGCCAGAGGAAACGCAAGCCGGAAGCUCAUGGAAGAAAAGCGGAUCUAGGUGGGAACAGGAGUGCCCUCGAGAUGGAUCUUCGGAAGGAGAUUUAGAAUACUGUGUAAAAGUGAUCCGCAAGUUGGAAUGCGAUGGACAUAUAGAGAAGAACUUUCGAGUGAAGUUCUUGACUUGGUACAGUUUACGAGCAGCUCCACGGGAGAGAAAGGUUGUCAAGGUAUUUCUCGAUACAUUUGUGGAUGAUCCAGCUUGUCUUGCAGGACAAUUGAUUGACACAUUUUCUGAAGGUAUAUCUAGUAAGAGACCGCCAAUGGCACCAACUGGAUUCUGUACGAGGCUUUGGCACUGAUGAGUUCUUGAAUCAGGAAGGGAGGAAAGGAAAAUUUUUCUAGAGUCAUUAGUGAUUCUUGCAUACAUCCUUAAUGACAAGGUUGUGUGUUGGUGUAUUCUUUGGUGGUCGAGUAAAAAUUCAACAUUUUUCGAUAGACAUUUAUCCCCAUUGAUGUAGGAUAGAAUUUUUACAAUUUGAUUUCAAGAGAUUCAACAACUUAGAUCUUUUGUUUCAAAAUACAGUUCGACUUUUAAUAUUCAAAUGUUAUAUAGUUGAUCACUUUCUUAA